GGGCCCCUGGGCUUCUGCAGCGGAGAGGGCACCCCCAGAACAGCCGCGCCCCCGGGCUGCCCCAGCGAGGCGCUUGACAGUGAACCCUGGGGAAGUUGGGCAGCUGUGAGUUUGCCUGUCGCCGUUAAGUGCCCUUAGGAUGCAGUGAUUAAGGAAUUAGGCUCUCCCUCCGGGAGGGGCACUGCCUGCGCUUGAGAACUCCGUGCAGAGAAAAAGGACAGAAUGAUGCUGUCCGAGCAAGCCCAAAAGUGGUUUCCUACCCACGUGCAGGUCACAGUGCUCCAAGCCAAAGAUCUUAAGCCAAAAGGCAAAAGUGGCACCAAUGACACAUACACUAUAAUUCAGCUGGGCAAGGAAAAGUACUCCACCUCUGUAGCUGAGAAAACCCUUGAGCCAGUGUGGAAGGAGGAGGCCUCUUUUGAGCUACCUGGAUUGCUAAUGCAGGGGAAUCCAGAGAAAUACAUUCUUUUCCUCAUAGUUAUGCACAGGUCCCUGGUGGGUCUGGAUAAGUUUUUAGGGCAGGUGGCAAUCAAUCUCAAUGACAUCUUUGAGGACAAACAAAGAAGGAAAACAGAGUGGUUUAGAUUAGAAUCCAAACAAGGAAAAAGAGCCAAAAACAGGGGUGAGAUCAAAGUCAAUAUUCAAUUCAUGAGGAACAAUAUGACAGCAAGUAUGUUUGACUUAUCAAUGAAGGACAAAACAAGAUCUCCUUUUGCAAAAUUAAAAGAUAAGAUGAAAGGUAGAAAAAAUGAUGGGACAUUUUCGGAUACGUCUUCUGCAAUCAUUCCAAGUUCUCACAUACCCGAUGCCAGUACUGAAUUUUCAAGUGGUGAAAUACAGAUGAAAUCCAAACCAAAAAAGCCUUUCCUUUUGGGUCCUCAGCGACUCUCUUCAGCACAUUCAAUGUCUGAUUUAACUGGGACACACAUAUCUUCUGAGAAACUGAAGUCCGGUACCAUUGGUCAGACGCAUCUUCUCGGGCGGCAGAUAGAGGCCUUUGGAGCGGUUCCAGAAAGCGGAAGUCUCAAAUCUCCACACAGAAGAACAUUAAGCUUUGAUACUUCUAAAAUGAACCAACCUGACAGCAGUGUGGAUGAAGGUGAAUCGUCUUUCGGAAGACAAAAUGACCCAUUUACAAAUGUGACUGCUUCAUUACCCCAAAAAUUUGCAACACUGCCAAGGAAGAAAAAUCCAUUUGAAGAAAGCAGUGAAUCAUGGGACGGCGGCAUGAAUUUAUUUUCAAAAUCAGUUGAAGUAAGAAAAGAAAAUAAAAGAGAGAAAAGGGAGAAAGUUAGCCUGUUUGAGAGAGUGACUGGAAAAAAAGAUAGCCGAAGAUCCGAUAAACUUAGCAAUGGGGGAUCUGAUAGCCCUUGUGACUUGAAAUCACCUAACGCAUUUAGUGAAAAUCGUCAGGACUAUUUUGAUUAUGAGUCAACUAAUCCGUUUACAACAAAAUUCAGGGCUUCAAAUAUAAUGCCAUCUUCAAGUUUUCACAUGAAUCCGACAAGUAAUGAGGAGCUCAGGAAAAUCCCGGACAGCAACCCUUUUGAUGCCACUGCAGGGUAUCGGGGUCUGACCUACGAGGAGGUCCUCCAGGAGCUAGUGAAGCACAAAGAGCUCCUUCGGAGGAAAGACACCCACAUCCGGGAACUCGAGGACUACAUCGACAACCUCCUCGUGAGGGUCAUGGAGGAGACACCCAGUAUCCUCAGAGUGCCGUACGAACCGUCCCGGAAAGCUGGCAAAUUUGCCAACAGUUAAUCAGCCAGGAGUACUGCAUUUGUGAUUGGGGCAAAAAGGAAAGAAGAAAGAGAAGAAGAAGAUCUUGGUACUGCAAGAAACUACAUUAUCAGGCUUCGUUAGAUACUCUACUCCGUUGCGAAAAAUUACUUUACCUGUAAAUAUUAGCAGGGACCAUCAAGAGUGACCUUUGAAGUGAGCUAAAUAAUUUAAACAUUUAAAGUGAAAAUGGGCCAGAUUCUCAAUGAAUAAGCAGUUCCUUAGGAUUUUUCAUUGAGGUGCUGGCACCGGCCUCCUAACCUGCCGUAGGCCUAGGGAUCGCAUCAGAAGUAUGCGACUUCUUAUUCCUCAGGACUAGAGCUCAUAAAGCAGAAUCGAUGCUGGGGCUGGUUUCUUAGAAGUCAAUUUGUAGACUGACUUAGCUGCAGGAAUACUGCUCAUUAUAAACACUAAAAAAAGUUCACAUUUUAUAUGCAUAUAUAUGUACAUGAAUAUAUGUUCAUAUAUCUUUGUAUAUAAAAUACAUGCAUAUACCUCACAUAUACAUGUGUUUUUAGAACAUUUAAAAACAGCUGAUUGCCUCUAAAAUUAGGAUACCAGUUUCUUAAUUUGGAAAUCCGUGUGUGCUCUAUUGAUGCAAAAACAAGUCAUCAUUGCUACUAGUAUAGUUUGUUGUAGGGAAGCUGCUUCAGAUCACUCUUGACUUUGCAAAUCUUGGUUUCACAGUGAGAGCCACUCCUAUAUAUUAUUCCACCAUCAGAUGUUUGCUCUUUUUCUAAAAAGAAUGAUUCCAAGUUUUUUUGUUUUUUUUUUUUAAGCAUGACAUAUUUAAGGAAAAUUUACUAGCAUCACAAUAGUACAAAUUUCUUGAGUUAAUCUUUUAACAUUUGCGUUUCGUUCAAGUAGAAGGGGAGCUAAUGUAGUCUGUUCUGUUGAGAUUCCGAAUGCCUUUAAAUCACUAGCAAAGACAUUAUUAGGAAGUUAGAUCUGAAAAGAAUUCUGAGGGGGGAAAAAGUAGGUGAUUGUCUGAUGCCUGAUAACCCAGAGCAAUGGGCAAAUUCUAGGAAUGAAGAAUUCGGUGUGGUUUCAAGUUACGUAAAUAAUAGAACAGAUGGUUGCAUUUGGGUCUUGAACCAAAAUAAGAGUCACUAAAGGAGGAGUGAGUGCCACUAGCGUGGCACCGUACACACUGUACACACUGUUCUACAUGGACCCUUAAGAAUUGGUUUAUUGCAAAAUUCUAUGUCAGCUCUUUUAAGUCUCUCCCCCAAAAUAUCGAUUACUUCCGUGAAUUAUCUUCAUAGAUUUGUACAAAAUAAGCCUGAAAUGUAAAGUGGAAAACAAUGGUAUGAAAAUAUUACUAGUCAUCUGCUUAUUUUUUCCCUUAAAAAUCUGAAAUACGUUUACUGUGAAACACUGAAUCUGUGUUUCUGGUUUUAAAAGAAAAAACUUCACCUAUAUGUGGAGACCUGUAUUCUCCAGGCUUUUAAUGAACCGCACUGUUGUCGAAUACUUCUCUCCACAAAGAUUUUAUUGAAAAUUCGGUACAAAGCAGAUAGAAUAGUUUUGCUCAUUUUAAUAUUCUGAGUCAGAUAUCUUGGCCAAGUAUAUAUUCGUGAGCUAAAAUUGCUCAUUUGUAUUUUCUGAGUUUCCUUAGUUUUCCUAUGGGAACAUACGUUUUGAAAUUCUAGGAAGUUUUCCUAAACACAAAAAAAAUUAAAUAAUUUUUUAAAAUGGAGAAAUGGAGAAGGAAA